UUUUUCUUCCAUGACAUAAAAAGUGCCCCCACUUGGUUCUCUCUCUUGUCCUUGCAUACCUUAAGGUCAAUCUUCAUUUCCAUGCCAUGGUUUUGGUGAUCUCAUAAGUCAGAUCCAACAGCAAUUUCAGAUUUCUGCAAGUUGCAAAGAAGCAAGAGACACUAUGGGGUUCCAACAACAUGGGAAUAGGGAACUGGGGUUGUCUGCAAUUGCUUUGGGAUCAAAGAAUGAAUACAAGAGGAUGCACUCCGAGCUUCCAGAGGGAGACGAUGAUGUUUUGCAACAGGAAGCAAGGAGGAACAGUACCAGGAAAUAUGUUAUAGCAUGUGCCACCUUUGCUUCUCUCAACAAUGUCCUUCUCGGCUAUGAUGUUGGUGUGAUGAGUGGAGCAGUUAUAUUUAUUAAAGAAGAUCUGAAGAUAUCAGAGGUGAAGGAGGAGUUUUUAGUAGGUAUAUUGAGUGUUAUUUCUCUGCUUGGAAGUUUAGGUGGUGGAAGAACUUCAGAUAUUAUUGGUAGGAAAUGGACAAUGGCUAUAGCUGCAGUGAUUUUUCAAAUGGGUUCACUGAUAAUGACUCUUGCUCCUUCAUUUUCAAUGCUAAUGGUUGGAAGAUUUUUAGCUGGAGUUGGAAUAGGAUUCGGAGGCUUGAUUGCCCCUAUAUACAUUGCAGAGAUAUCACCAAACACCAGCAGAGGCUUUCUCACUACCUUCCCGGAGAUUUUCAUCAAUCUAGGAAUUUUGCUUGGUUAUGUAUCAAAUUAUGCUUUUUCAGGCUUCUCAGCACACAUAAACUGGAGGAUAAUGCUUGCUGUGGGGAUUUUGCCCUCAGUUUUCAUUGGCUUUGCACUCUUCAUCAUUCCCGAGUCACCAAGGUGGUUGGUGAUGCAGAACAGGAUUGAAGAAGCAAGAUCAGUGCUUCUGAAAACAAAUGAAAGUGACAGCGAAGUGGAAGAGAGGCUAGCAGAAAUACAGCAAGCAGCUGGUUUGGCCAAUGGUGAAAACUAUGAAGAGAAACCUGUGUGGUAUGAACUCAUGUUUCCUUCUCCUUCCCUUCGCAGAAUGAUGAUCACAGGAAUUGGGAUUCAAUGUUUUCAACAGAUUUCUGGAAUUGAUGCAACUGUGUAUUACAGUCCUGAGAUUUUCAAAGCAGCUGGGAUUGAAGACAAUUCAAAACUCCUAGCUGCUACUGUUGCUGUAGGUGUGACAAAGACAGUUUUUAUAUUGGUAGCAAUUGUUCUUAUUGACAAAAAAGGUAGAAGGCCACUACUAUUUGUAAGCACAAUUGGGAUGACAAUUUGUUUGUUUGGCAUAGGGGUUAGUCUUUCUUUGUUUUCACAAGGAUCAUUUGUGAUUGCAUUGGCAAUUGUACUUGUUUGUGGGAAUGUGGCUUUCUUUUCUGUUGGAUUAGGCCCUGUGUGUUGGGUUUUGACAUCUGAAAUUUUCCCUUUAAGGGUACGUGCUCAAGCAUCUUCACUUGGGGCUGUGGGAAAUAGGGUGUGUAGUGGCCUUGUGGCUAUGUCUUUUCUUUCUGUUUCACGUGCAAUUACAGUGGGUGGAGCAUUCUUUGUGUUUGCUGCUAUUUCUUCUCUUGCCAUUGUGUUUGUGUACGUGCUGGUUCCUGAGACCAAAGGGAAGUCAUUGGAGCAGAUAGAGCACAUGUUUAAGAAUGAACAUGAGAGGCAAGGAAGUGAAAUGGAGUUGGGAGAUGUUGAAGUUCAACAACUUGUGCAGGACAAAACAAUUUUGACAGAUUAAUUUAUUAGCUCAUGUUUCAUAUGCAUGUGUUAAAUUCUGGGAAUGAUCUUUCCACAACCACAGAUUUGGGAUAUAUCAGUAAGGGACAGAAGAUAAUAUGAAAGGAAAUUCCAUUCUUACUACUAAGCUUUAUCAGUUGUACGAUCGUUAAUCUUUUUUCUUGUUAACAUGGAAAGAGAAUUUUGACCAACGCAGUUCCAAACCAUCAUUGUUUAUUAUUUGAAUGAAUGUGAUUGAGACGGAAAUUCUUUUAA